CAGAAAUCUUUUUUGAUCAUGGCUUUGGUGGCAGAGCUUCUGCAGCCCGUCAUCACCGGGACACUGUUAGGAUUGGUGAUGAUGAUCCUGCUGAUUAUUUAUCUCCUCUCAUCCGAUGCUCGUUCUCAGAAAGAAGGAAAGGAACCUCCAGGUCCCAAACCACUACCUUUGCUAGGAAACCUGCUGAGUAUUGAUCUCAAGAGACCCUACCUGAGUCUAUGUGCAAUGUCAAAACAGUACGGAUCUGUGUUCACUGUGUAUUUUGGGCUGAAGAAAAUGGUUGUCCUGGCAGGAUAUCAAACUGUCAAGCAAGCGCUAGUCAAUUAUGCAGAGGAAUUCGGAGCGAGAGAUAUAACCCCACUUUGGAAUGACUUUAACGAAGGACAUGGAAUUUUGUUUGCCAACGGUGACUCCUGGAAAGAGAUGAGACGUUUUGCCAUCAGCACCCUUCGAGACUUUGGGAUGGGCAAGAAAAAGAGCGAGGAGAAGAUUAUAAAAGAGACAAAGUAUUUGAGCAAAGUGUUUGAAGAAUUUAAGGGAAAACCAUUUGACACCACACAGCCAGUCAAUUAUGCUGUCUCGAAUAUCAUCUCAGCCAUCGUGUACGGAAGCAGGUUUGAAUACAGUGAUCCUCAGUUUACAGCCAUGGUUAACCGGGCCAACGAGAACAUUAGACUCAGUGGCUCCCCUUCCCUUCAGAUCUACAAUCUGCUUCCCUGGCUUCACCCCUUGAUAAAGAACUGGAAACUCAUCAUAAAAAAUCGUAAUAGGAAUAUAAAGGAGAUAAAAAAACUUGCAGACAAUCUGCGAGAGACCCUGAACGUCCAGGAUAUCAGAGGCCUGGUUGACUGUUUUCUAUUACGCUUGAAAACUGCAGAGGAAUCAAGAGAUACGAACACUCACUACCAUGAGAAGAAUCUCCAUAACACAGUUGCUAAUCUGUUUGCUGCUGGCACCGACACCACUAGCACAACACUGCGCUGGGCUCUUCUGCUUAUGGCCAAGUACCCACAAAUACAGGACCGUGUCCAGGAGGAGAUUGACAGGGUUGUUGGGGGUCGACCGUUGGUACUGGAUGACAGAAAGAAUUUACCUUACACAGAUGCAGUGAUCCAUGAAACUCAGAGACUGGCUAACAUCGCACCAAUGAGUAUUCCUCAUGUUACCAACUGUGAUGUUCAUUUUCAAGGCUUCUUUAUUAAGAAGGGUACUACUGUGAUUCCACUCCUGGCGUCUGUACUGAAGGAUGAGCGUGAGUGGGAAAGCCCUCACACUUUCAACCCAGCCCAUUUUCUUGACGAGCAGGGCCGAUUCGUUAAGAGAGACGCCUUCAUGCCCUUUUCUGCAGGACGCAGGGUGUGUCUGGGAGAGAGUCUGGCCAGGAUGGAGCUCUUCCUGUUCUUCACCUCAUUGCUGCAGCAGUUCCGAUUCACACCUCCACCAGGAGUGUCUGAAGAACAACUGGACCUUACGGCAGCUGUGGGCUUUACAUUGAGCCCUACGCCACAUGAGCUGUGUGCAGUUGUUCGCAACGGACAACACACCAACGUUGAGUCUGGAUAUUAGAGCAGCACGGUUUAUUACUCUUUACUAAAAGCAUUGUUUCUUAUUAUACUAUUUUAUAGUUUUAUAUACGUAGCUUGCACAAGCUUUGUUAGCCCCCUUUCAUGCUGUUCUUCAAUGGUCAGGACCCCCACAGGACCACCACAGAGUAGGUAUUAUUUAGGUGGUGGAUGAUUCUCAGCACUGCAGUGAAACUGACAUGGUUCGUUUUCUGUGACUGUGAUUGGUACUUUGUCUUAAGAAAACUUUGCAUGUACAAAAUUAUGAAAAGUGAAUGAAUAUAAUAUAAAAUAAAAUUGGAAUAAUAGUC